AUGUCUACCAACACAACCCAAAGCAACCUGAUCCGACUUGCCCCCUUGCAACUGGGCGAGCUCCCAGAACAUCCAUCCCUUCCCUCCGGAGACAGCACCCGCCCGAGGCUUCUCCCCUUCCUGCUGACUCUCCUCGAUGACGGUGCCGAUUUCCUGUCGCCGGCCAGCUUCUCCGCGAACUUCAAACACCACUCUGUCAAGUCCGUACCCCCUAGCGAAGCCAAGGUCGAGGUGCUUACCUAUUCGGUCGCGGCCAAAGAGUUGGAAGACAUUGUUGACUGGAGCGGCUCCAAGAGUACAGCCCCCAUCGCGAAUCCGGACCAACCCGAGGCGGCGACAGGACAUGGAGAAACCUACGCCAGGCCUGGGCGAAGCAAGCCGCCACUCAAGGUUCUAAGCGCAGGCGAACAUUGGUGUGCUCGCAAGUCGAUACAUAAGGGCAUUUCGUCGAAGGACGCCUCGUCUCCUGGCAACGCCAGUUGGAAGGAAUUCAUUUACGGCCUGCGCGACAAUCAUUCCAAACACGAAGAGGAUUUCACACCCACUCUUUACGAUGCGCACUGCGUAUGUACGUGGGGGGAGGAGGUCAAAGAUCUUGAAUCUCAGGGGAAGAUCGUGGGGAGAUCGGGCCAGAAGUAUUCGUGCGUGACAUUGGCGAUCUACGAAAUGUGCCACGGUACGCCACCGCCGACCAGCCCCCGUUGCUUCCCAGUUCUGGUCGCUACAGCCAGUAUCAGCGCUGAUGAGUUCCUCGCCGUCACCGUCCCCGUCACCUUGGGCACGGGCGUGCAUGACGCCAUCUAUUCCUCGGGUCGCAACACCCGUGACGGCAAGACCUCGCAGCAACGAAAGUCCGUCGUCCUGGGGGUCUACACCGCGAUAGAAAUCGUCCGGCGGAAGGAUGGAGAUCCCAACGUGGGUAAAAACUGGGACGAGGUGGAAUGGAUCAUGGCAACGGCGAGCGAUGCCAAGGGCAAUCUGCCGAUGUGGAUGCAGAAGAUGGGCGUCCCUGGUAUGAUUGCGAAAGAUGUCAGUUAUUUUCUGAAAUGGAUCAAAACAGUGCCAGACAACGAGGUGGAAAGCGUCAAGGUUGUCUGA